UUUGGCAGCGGCACCACAAGGUUAGUUAUACACAUCUUUGGUGUUACUGCAUAUCAAACCUAAAAAUACAGACACUGAGUUUACAAUAAUGUGUCUUAAAGACAGCGAGGUCUCUUUUAUCAUUUAAAACAACACGGUCCUCGUCGACAGAUACAUGAAUCCUCUCACUGUAACUACAGACAGGAGGUUAUAUUGUAUUUCAUGGUACAAUAUCAAACAAACAAUGUUAAAACCUUUUUGUGUGGUCUUGGAAAUGAUUGAAAGGAAGAGUAUUCUUUGUAAUCGGGGGUGAAACGCAACAGAGAAAACUACAAGGUGGAACCGUAUAUGGAGCAGUGGGCUGCCCGACCGGACCAAUAACAGAGGAACACCGCUGUCACAUGGAAGCAGAAGUUAACCUGUGCGACUUCAACACACCAUGGAAUCGGAAGGGAUGUCGCACCAUGCAGUCAGUUCAUCAGUAGAUGUGUCUCAGAGUGUUGAGGAGGACCCUUUAGUGGACGGACCGCUGAUCUCCCAUGAUGCCUUGCAGUCUGCUAUCAGGAGAGAAUUCAUAACUCUCCCCACGCACUGUCCUGCUGUCCUGCUGCUGCUGCUACAGGUGGUGUAUGUGUCUCUGAGUGUGUGUGUUGCCGUAGUGUGUGUGUUUGAGGUUGGCCGGGAGGAGUGUGUCCGUGUGUUGGGGAAUGUUCGGGGGCAGAGUGUGGUGGUGAUUGGGAAGGUGUUUGUGUGGCUGUGUGUGUUGUUGUUUGGUGUGUGUGUUCAGCAUCACCACAGCCGAGUGAGGAGCAGAGGAUACCUCCGUUUCUACAGAGACAACCGCACCCUGAAACACCUGCCCUUCCUCAUCCACUCUGCAGGGAACACAGCGGUGUUGGUGGUCAUGUCAGCUGAUCUGCCAGAGGCGGAUCAUCUUCCUGUUUAUCUGCUGCUAGGGAUUCUGGGACUGGAGCUCCUGGUCUCUCUGCCUUGUCUGAUCAUCUACACAGUCAGGGUGGUGAGAUUCAACAGAGACCGAGCUGGUCCAGAUAUCAGUCAGGAGGAACCAUCAAACUCCUACAACACUACUGAGACUGGCUUCAGGGAGGGCUCCAGUCUGGAGGAGGUAGUGGAGAAACAAGCUGAUCUCAUCGACUACCUGAAGCAACACAACACCUUACUGAGCAAGAGACUGCUCAACAUGACUGUACAGCACUGACCACAAUACAACCACAACACCACCAUAAGAGACAGAGAGAGGAGGAUGGAAGAAGAGAAGAGUGUCACAGAUUAGAGGCCUCGUUUUAUUUCUCUGUGACCACCCCAAGUGACCUCUGGGUAGUGUGUGUGCGUAGAGAUUGUGCGUGAAAAGGGUAGUCAUUAGAGAUAUGUGAUAAAGAGGGAGAAGAAGGGAGGAGAGAUGAGGGAGGGAGGGAGG